AUGCAUCGCAUUCCCGAACCUCUACCAGCACGUCGUCUCGCCGUUCCGCCUCCCACGAAGCCGGGACAUCGCAAGAUCCUAGUCUUCUUCCUCGUCGACCCGAACAUGAUCACCAUCCCGUCCGCAUCUACAGUGGCUCCUAAGCAGGAACUGUGGAUCCGCUGGCUGUGGUGCAGGCUUCUGAAGGCAGUACACAAGAUGAUCUGGGAGCUACUGGACCCGAUUACGGAAAGGCAGGCGAGGAAGUAUCGGGAGGAGCUGACGAACGAACGAACGCUGGCCGCGAGGGCGGUCGACAAAACAAGGUUCGGGCAGUUCUUCAACCUGUGCGAACACUGA